UACACAGAGAGUUCCGGGUCCAUCUAGAAACAACUUCUUACAGAGAUGGAGUCUUUGAGGAAUCUAUAUUUGAUGACCUUGGUCUUCCUUUUGUAAAGUCACUCUUCACUCCGCGUGAUUUCCUCCUCUUGUUGCAGUAUCUCUUUGUUGUUUCACCAAUCAAAGGCUCUGAUUCUACCGUUCAACGGUUCUUUAUGCCCAUAGUGUUACCUCCUGAAAGAAUGAGUGAAGAAAAGAAGAAGGUCUUCACUGGAAAGUGUGACCCACUGGUCAUUACAUUCAACAGUAAACUCGUACUACAGGGUCUGUUUCCUACAUUAAUUGUCUCUUUAUUGAGUCGGAAGGAAAAACCUCAUUUUUUUAUUGAUAGUCGUUCAAGAAAUUUUCCACAGCAGCUUCGAUAUGCUGUCAAGCUUUAUUCAGAGGAUCUGUUUGGAUCAAUAUUCCUGUGUGAUAAUCUCAAAUCAAUUGAGAUUAUUUUCACUGGUCUUACUAGACACUGUUAUACUCUUCGUCAGGUGAUUCUAGAGU